AUGUACUGCCAGGCACGAUCCUCCCUUGGUGUUUCAUUGCUUGGUGCACGCCUUGCAGCCACGCGUACCACUCGCCUCAUUCAACGCAAAGCACCCUUUUCGGGCACCACCGUAUCUGAUCUUGUUCCAGAAACCCACCAGCGAUCGUUUGGACAACCCACUGUAUAUAGCCAUCCUUAUCUUAUGAAAAAAGGGGAAGUGACACCUGGUCUCCCUGCAACCGAGUAUGAACGACGAAGAGCCAAUCUCAUGAAAGUAUUGCCUGAAGGAAGUGCUGUCAUCAGUGCUGGUUAUGGCACACGCUACAUGUCCAACAAUGUCUUUUAUCCCUUCCACCAAAACACGGAUUUCUCCUACCUCAGUGGAUUCAAUGAACCAGACGCGGCCAUGAUUUUGGAAAAGAACGAUUCAUCUAGAGGAUACAAGCAAACCAUGUUUGUCCCACCCAAAAGUCCUGCCGAUGAAUUAUGGGAUGGUCCUCGUACUGGUGUGGAUGGUGCAAAAGAAUUAUUCGCUGCUGAUGAGGCCUAUGACAAUGCACGUUUCCCCAUGUUCCUAAAGGAUGCACUACAAGCAAAACAUGUCUUCAUGGAUAAACCCCCUGCGUCAUCCAUCUUGGCCGCUUCGGAUGCUACACGUCUCGUGGACUUUGCCAAGAACCAACGAUCGGUGAAGCCUCUUUCAGUUCUUGUACAAGAAAUGCGUAUUAUCAAAAGCGACAAUGAGAUCGAGCUCAUGAAACAAUCGGGUCAUAUCAGUGCAAAGGCUUUUAUUGAGGCUAUGAAAUGGACACAACCUGGAUAUUCAGAAUCGCAAUUGUGGGCAAAGCUGGAUUAUGAAUGUCGCAUGCGUGGAUCGAGUAUCCUUGCCUAUGUCCCAGUGGUCGCUGGCGGCCCUAAUGGAUUGUCAAUGCAUUAUGUACGCAAUGACAUGAAACUCAGAGAUGGUGAUCUUGUGCUGGUGGAUUGUGGUGGUGAAUAUCAUGGUUAUGCAAGCGACAUUACACGUACUUGGCCUGUCAAUGGCAAGUUCACUGAACCACAACGUCAAUUGUAUCAAGCCGUUUUGAAUGUCAAUAAAGCAUGCAUCAAGCUCUGUACAGAACAAGCCAAGAUUUCACUACACGGUAUCCAUGCUGUUUCUGCACGAUUAAUGAAGGAGGAAUUGGCGAAAAUUGGAUUCCAAACAAAUAGAUGGGAUCUCGAGCGUAUCCUCUAUCCUCACCAUGUUGGUCAUUAUCUGGGACUUGAUGUGCACGAUUGCCAUGAUCUUGAUAGGUCACGUAGGCUAAAGAAGAAUAUGGUUAUCACCAUUGAGCCAGGCAUCUAUGUACCUUACGAUGACCGAUUCCCUCGUGAAUAUCAAGGCACUGCCAUCCGUAUCGAAGAUAACUGUGUCGUGGGCGAAGAAGAGCCCUAUGUGCUUACUGCAACUGCUCCCAAAGAAAUCGUUGAUAUAGAAUUCUGUUGUGCAAACACCAACUAG